AUGAACCGGCCAUUACCACCACCACCAGCCUUCCCAGACUCUGUCGUGGCGCGUAGCGAAGCCUUGGCGGCCAGUCUCUUUGUUAAGCACGAGCGCAUUGGCAAGGGCUCGUUUGGGGAAGUUUAUAGGGGAAUAAAUCGCCUGACCAAUGAAGUCGUUGCCAUAAAGAUUCUCAAUCUAGACACCGACGAUGAUGAGAUCAACGAUGUGCGGAAAGAGAUCACGAUGCUGUCGCACUGCGACUCGGAGCAUAUCACACGGUACCACGGUGCGUACCUCAACGAGACCAAGCUAUGGGUCGUCAUGGACUAUGCAGCCGGCGGGUCGAUGAGAGCCAUCUUGAAAUCCGGCCCCAUCGACGAAAGGUUCAUCGCCAUCAUAGCAAGAGAGGUGCUCCACGCGUUAGUGUAUCUGCACAAGUACGCAGCCAUCAUCCAUCGCGACAUCAAAGCCGCCAACAUCCUACUCACGGACGACGGAAAGGUCAAGCUCUGCGAUUUUGGCGUGGCAGGGCAGAUCACCAUGUCGUCUUUGCGACGCAACUCGUUCGUUGGCACGCCGUACUGGAUGGCGCCCGAAAUCAUCAGGCGCGCGCAAUAUGACUAUAAGGCGGAUAUAUGGUCGCUGGGCAUCACUAUAAUAGAGCUGGCGACAGGAAAUCCGCCUUUUGCGGAUCAGGACCCACGAAAGGCCAUCUUUCUCAUUCCGCGCACCCGGCCAGCGCGUUUAGAAGGGAAGUUCUCAAGCGCGCUGCGAGAAUUCCUAGCACUGUGUCUGAAGGAAGAGCCAGAAGAGCGCCCCACUGCUGAGGAGCUCCUCAAAACAAAGUUCGUGCGGAGCUCACCGCGCGGCACAGCGCCCCUGCUAGAAUUGCUUGACAGACAUAACUCAGCAAUGCGUUGGAUGAUAACACGCCUAGGGCGUCAACGGCCAACGCUGUACAGGAACGAAGUCGACUAG